UUGUGAAGAAUCAUCAACAGAGGCUAUAUCAAAAAAUUCUAUACCUUUGGAAGAAGCUGCUAUGUUUGACCUAGGAAAAAUUUAUUAUAAUGGUAGAUACAAUGUUGAAGUAGAUAAAGAUCGAGCAAUAUCUUAUCUUAAAGAAGCUGCAAAAAAUGGUAUUGCUGAUGCAAAAAAAAUACUUCAAAUGAUAAAUAG